AUGAGUUUGGAAGUAAAACGCGGCCCCCUCUGCAGGAACGCUCAGCGACGUUCGAGGAUGCGCAACUUCAACUGGGACACCAUCCCCCGCCAGAGCGUACUGGGCAAGCGCAACAUAUGGACGGUGCAGAAGCCGGCGGAGGAGUUCGAGCUGGACACCAAGCGCAUGGAGGAGCUGUUCAGCCAGGGCGAGCAGAGCCCGCUGCAGAAGCAAACGGCGGCCCGCAAGAGCGUGCGCGGACUGCCGGCCUCUGCUCCGGGAGGCGAGCUGGUGUCAAUUCUCAGCUCCAAGAAAAACAUGAACGUGGGGAUCUUCCUGAAGCAGUUUAAGAGGCCAGUGAGGGAAAUGGUGGAGGACAUCAGAUUGGGCAACAGGGAGCCGUUUGGAACUGGUAAACUGAAGGAGCUGUGCAAGCUGCUGCCUGAGGAGGGAGAGGUGAAGCAGCUGCUUGCGUUCAAAGGGGACCAGUCUCUGCUGUCUGAGGCAGAUCUAUUCAUGGUGCUGUUAGUCAGAGUACCCAGCUAUGAAGAACGACUCCGAAGUUUAGUGCUCCGAGAAGAGUUUUUCCCUUUCAUAGAUGAGAUGAAGCAGUCGAUAGCCACCAUGACAACAGCUGCCAAAGAGCUGCUGGACUGCGAUGAUCUUCACUCGGUGAUCCGUCUGGUGCUGAAGACUGGGAACUACAUGAACGCUGGCGGCUACGCCGGCAGUGCCAUCGGCUUCCGGAUGGCCUCCCUCCUGAAGCUUGUGGACACCAAGGCAAACAAGCCUGGCAUGAACCUCAUGCACUAUGUGGUGAUGCAAGCACAUAGGACCGACGCUGCUCUGCUACACUUCCCUGAUCAACUUCAACACAUUGGGGCAGCAGCCAGGAUCCAUAAGCAGGAGGUGGAGACAGAGUUCCAGAGGGAAAAGAAGAAAGUAGAAGAUGCAAAGGCAGAUGCCAGCAAACAGAAGGAUCUAGAAGCUCAGAUGGAGGCUUUCCUCAAGAGUGCUGAGGCAGAGUUGGCCGAGGUAGAGGCCUCGCUUCAGACCUUAAACUCUGUGAGUCGCUCUGUGGCUGAGUACUUCUGCGAGGAUCCCAACCUGUUCAAACUGGAUGAGUGCUGCUCCAUCUUCCACUCCUUCUGUGAGAAGUUCUUACGGGCCAUCCAGGAGAACCGUGAUCGCGAGCAGGCGGAGGUGAAGAGGAGGCAGCGGGAGAGGCUCCAGAAUGCCGCUAAGCGCAGGUCUACGGCCACCUGCUCCGUCAGGGACAAGGACAUGGAAGGCGUGGCCCUGGAGUCCUUCCUGCAGAAGUUUCUGAACAGCCGCGGGUCGCGCAGAAGGACCGGGACGCCCUCUCCCACCAGCGGCAGCCUGGUGGAGAUCGCCAUCAAGGAGAACGCCCCUGCAGAGGAGAGGGAGAACCCCAGCGCGGAUGGCGAGGCGCAGGAAAAUGAGUGCAACUCGGCCUCAGAGCCGACGGGAAGCCAUCAGCAGGAGGAAGAGGCUCAGCCUCCAGACAAGGGCGAGAGGAGUGAGAGUGUGGGCCAGGAGGGGGCGCUGUCGGACAGUCAGCUGGAUACCCUUAAAGGACAAGACAAAGGAAACGAGGAGCAGAGGCCCAUUAGCAACAGCAGCAGCUUAUCCACAAGCAGACAUGCCUCUGUGAAGAAUGAGGAAGAGGAGGAAGGGCAGAACGAGGAAGAGGCGCAGAAGCUGCGAGAGGUUUCCCGCAAGGUCCUGCUGUACCAGAGCAGCCGGAGUAGCGUUUCAUCCGGGGAGCACUCUGUGGAUCUCCCGCGCUCGCCCAAUGGAUCCGUCGCCUCGCCCCGCCGCCGCCGCUUCCCAGAGGACGAGAACGUGCUCCCAUCCGAGCCAAGCGGCGACACAGCCCCCAGGACCAUACUCAGCCCCCGCCUCUCUCCUCCCUUCACCCCGAACUCCCUCACCCGCCGCCACACCCUCUCCAUCCCCCCCUCCGCUGCCAAGGGUGACAAUGAUGAAGACGAGUUGUGGAUGCUGCCCAAAAGCCCUGGCCGUGGAGCGCCCCCUCUGGUGAUCAUGGGGAAGAUGAAGUCUGUGGACUGCUGUCCCAUGUCCCCAAAGCGGGAAGGGGUCCACAAUCAAAGUGCGAAACCCUCCUCCAAUCCCUCUGAGGGCAGCCAAAAACCCAAAGGCCUAUCCGUCAGACCGUCCAACAUGACCAAUUGCGCUGGCCCCCCGGCAGGCUCUGGGCUCCAGGACGAGAGUUCCCCCGGGAGGCGGCCCUCACACAAACCGCAGGCUGAGCCGGAAAGUGACGCGGGGAUUCUGGAGUCUGCUCCCAGCUUCCGUCUGGGCAGCAUCUUCCAGAGACGCUACAACCAGAGGCCCGCAGCAAGACCCUCCAAACCUGAGGAGAAGCCCAGGCCUGAGAAACAGGAAAUGUCUGCUUUCUUCUCCUUCUUCAGGCGUUGGAGUGAGAAGACCAGACCCAACAAUGAACUAGACUCCAGGGGCACAGACUCCUGACAGAGGUCUGGCGUUUUUAGAGUUUGGUUUUAAUGUUUU